AGACCCAAAGAAGAGAAGAACAACAAGAAGCGAAACAGCAAAAAAAGCCCACCUUAAAACCGAAGUGAGUUUGGGGUGGCCGUCUUCUUCAGCUUGUAGAGUCACUCUGAUUUUAUUUUAUAUUUUUAUUUCUACAUCCGGAGAAUCACAGAACAGAAGCUAUUAAACCGCUUUCAAAAACUCAAAAAGCCUAUCAUAGCCAUGACGGACUAUGCUCAGGAGCAGGAGAUGGAAAUUGAGGCUUUGGAAGCCAUACUUAUGGAUGAUUUCAAAGAAAUUCACUCUAGUGAGAGUGGCUUAAAUACUUCCAACAGAUGCUUCCAAAUUAAAGUAAUCCCUCAGGAUGAUGAGGGAGAUGAGUUGUCCACUCCAGUUGAGCUAGCUUUGAUUUUCUCACACACAGAGAAGUAUCCAGAUGAACCUCCACUUUUAAAUGUAAAGAGUUUGCGAGGAAUACAUACAGAAGAUCUUAGAAUUUUGAAAGAAAAUCUUGAACAAGAGGCAUCUGAAAAUCUUGGUAUGGCUAUGGUUUACACACUAGUUUCAUCAGCUAAAGAGUGGCUUUCUGAACGGUAUGGUGCAGACACAAAUGCUGAGGAUGCUGAAGCAGAAGAGGCGACAAAAGAUGAUGUUAUUAUUCCACAUGGAGAACCAGUUACCGUUGAAACUUUUCUGGCAUGGAGAGAAAGGUUUGAAGCAGAGUUGGCACUAGAACGAGCCAAGUUAAUGCCUGAGUCUGCACUUACUGCACCUAAGGAAAAGAGGCUCUCAGGAAGACAGUGGUUUGAAAGUGGAAGAGGUUCUGCGAGAGGUCCAGUUGCGGUUGCUGAAGGAUCUGAUGUGGAAGAUGAGGAAGAUAUUGACUUUGAUGAUGAUGAUUUCGAAGAUGAUGAAGAAGAUAUGCUUGAGCACUAUCUGGCAGAGAAAUCUGAGUCACCCUCUCAUUCAUAGAUGAGAGCCAUCUAAACAAUGCAUACGGAGAACUCUUCAGCAUGGAUCCAUUUGUAUCAUUUUUUGUCGUACGUAUUUUUGGCUUGUUUGUCUUGCCAGGAAAUUUAGUUCUAGUAAUUGUGAUGCCAUUUAGUAAAGUAGUGAGGAUGAGGUAUUAUUGUAAUUUUAAAACAUUGUAUUCCAUUAAUGAAGCCCCAGAUGGCCAUGAUAGAUUUUGGACAUAUGCAUGCUGUCAUGCACUAUGCUCAUUUGAACUAUACUGUGCUUUUAGGAGAGAAAAGUGAGUUAGGUUAUUGGUAAUCAACAAUCCUUAAGUAUCUAAAAAUGAGAUCAUUCUUUCAUUAGCCCCCUUAAGCUUAAGGUGUCAUGUGGAGAGAGGAAUAAUCGUACUUUUAAUGGAAUGGAAAUUUCAAUUGUUGAGAUGAAAUUUCUUCUUUUUGUGA